UUUCCGAUUAAGCACCUCGUGCGUCGUUCUUUCCGAUGGAACGCCGUUUCCAUCCAAAUUCCGCUCCUUCAAGAACUCAACCAUAAUGUUUCACCCCGUGGUGUGUGUUUCGAAAAUGGUUCACUAAAUCAUAUUCACCACCAAGCUUAAUCACCAUGGAGAUGGGUUCAUUACGAAAGGCGAGCUUUUUUGUUAAGGAAAGCACGCCUCAACAAGCCUUAUCUUAUCACACUUAUCACAACUGGUAAAGGUGUAUUGGGGGCACCCCUAAUGGAGAGGGUUCACGAUUCGCAACCAUCAGAAGCGAGCGACGUCCCAUUCCAAGCGCACUGUUCGACCAUGUCACUAGUUAAGUCGCAUUCUGGCCAUGGGUAGGCGUGUAGUGUCGGUUUACUUGAAUUAUUUAUUUUCAACAUCCUUUCCAUUACUUCAACUUAGCUAAGCGGUUUUAUUGUUACUACGCGCGUGUAUGUGUGUCUGUGUGUAAAGAAUUAAGAAAGAACAAUAUCAAAACGUCCUUCUUCCAAGUUGCUUACAUUUAGCAAAGUGUUCAAGUGUGUGACAACGAGAAUUGAGAUUAUCAUGAGCAAAUGUAAGUGUUGCGGAUUGAUUGUGCAAAGUGUCCAAGAAAUUGCGUCUCCUGUUUAGAGCCCGAUUUUCGACACACACACCCCGAUUAUACAAUAGGGCGGAAAUGGGAUGGUAAUCGAUAAAUCCCGUCCAAAAAUGAAGGUGGUGUGGAUAAAACACCAGCCGACAAUUCCGAUCGAAACCGUGCCGAUAGAACGCUUCAUCAUGGAACGUCAAAUGGUACCUGUGAUAGUGUUUCUGCUCGGGACGUUGGUACUUCUCGGUGCCUCGGGUCAAGAAGUAUGCCCCGAACCGUGCAGCUGCGACUGUGAGGAAAGCAUGGCGUGUGUCGAUUGUUCCGGGCGUGGCCUAACCGAGCUUCCCGUGUUUGCGGACGUUAAUAUCGAAAUUCUGGACCUUUCCGACAACCUGUUCACAACGAUACCGCCCGAGCUGGGUCAGUUUCCAAGGCUGCACUAUCUGGAUCUAUCGGCGAAUGCAAUCACACGCCUGGAGGAGGAUGCACUCACUGGGAUGUCUUCCCUAUCGAUACUGAUCCUGUCGGAAAAUAACAUCUCCAACUGGGCGGACAUUCAUCCGAAUCGCUUACUACUACCGGCAGGCAAUCUGAAGGAGUUACGCCUUGCGAAAAAUCAUUUCACAAGCUUCUCCAGCAACGAUGAUAAUCUCGUACUGACGAGCCUGUCAUUGCGCUAUCUCGAUUUGAGUGAGUGUAAAAUUUCGAAAAUCUCUGGCAACGAAGUUAUACAAGGAUUGCGCAGCUUGGAGCACCUGAAGCUAUCCGGUAAUCCGAUCGUAUCCGUGUCGGACAUGCAAUCGAGUUCGCUGAAACGGUUGGAGCUUAAUAGCUGCAAGCUAUCCGCACUGCAGUCAACCAUCUUUACCGGUCUAACCGCCCUGAAGGAGGUUAAUCUGGCCCGUAACCAUCGGCUCUCGCUCAUACAACCGCACAGUGAUACACCUGUCCAGUCGGGCACGUUGCGAAAAAUUAACCUUUCCCAUUGCAACAUGGACAGCUUGGAUCUGCACGGUUUCCCAAACCUCAUGACGGCGAUCGUGCGUGGCAAUAUGGUCCGCCAGCUGGAUCGUGAUUCGUUCUCCGACACGGCACUGCUGGAACAUCUGGACCUUUCCUUCAACUCCAUCAGCAGCAUCCAUCCGGAAGCGUUCCGUGCGCUGAAACACCUCAAAACGCUCGAUCUUUCCUUCAACACGAUAUCGCGCAUCGAUGGCAAGCUGUUCAAAACGAACGAUCUGCUAACGCACAUCAACCUUAGCCGCAACUACAUCAGUCGCUUUAGCCGCAUCUCGGCCGAUUCGCUCGUCUAUCUAAACGUGAGCUGGUGCGAAAUUCUCACGAUCGAUUGGGAUGCAUUCGCAUCGAUGGGUGAGCUGAUCGAGCUCGACCUUUCCAACAAUCUUAUAUCCGACAUACCGGACACACUGUCCUCGGCUACGCUGCAAACGCUCGAUCUCUCCAUGUGCCGACUGUCGUCGAUGCGUAACGUAACCCUUUCCGGGUUGCCAGAGCUGGUGCGCAUUAACCUAUCUGGUAAUCGAUUCACCACCCCAUUUCGGGUGGACUUUUUCGAGAAGAAUCCGUUUCUGAGCGAGAUCUGGCUGGGUGACAAUCCGUGGCGGUGUGAUUGCCGCAGUGACGAGUUCUUUCAAUUUUUCCAAUUUCUUACAGAUCCACCGGGAAGGAUUGGUGAUCGUAAGAACCUUCAGUGUAACACACCGGAGGACUUUUUUGGUGCUUCGUGGGAAGGUGCUUGUCGGUCAAUUUGGUAUCCUUAUGAGACGAUUGGAAAUGCGGAACGUAUCUGGACCUGGCUAAUGGUGGGCGUGCUAUCCUUUUUCGGUUUGUUCUGUCUCAUCUCGUCGAUCAAGAAAUUUAUCUCGUCGCGCAGGAAACUAGCUGCCGAACGCGAUCGGGAACAGAACUUGCAAGAAUUACGAGAAAUUGCUCGAGAGAACCGUGUACGUUUACAGCACGAUGCACCCCAGAAUGCUCCUGAUGCAAGGGAAUCAAGACCACCAUGCUACGAAGAUGCCUUACUGCUUCCCAAGCUAGAUGCGGCCUCGUUCGCGUCUCUCGACGAAUUGAUGCUGCGUGGCAAGCGCCGCAAACGGCGCCGUAAUCGCCGUGCAUCCGGAACCGAGGCCAAGGAUGACGAUGAUAUUGAGGAGGAAGAGCGCAUCCAAGCGCGUCAGCGAACGAGAACUCGCAGCGAGGAUGUGCUAUCGCGUCGAUUCGAAGACACUACCUCGCAGGAACCAGCACCUGAUCGACUUUCAGCACGAUCGAUCUACGAACGUCCUACCUCAAAUCGUGUCGUUUCGCUAACGGAAGCACAGGUACACAUGUCCACACCGGUCCCAUUGGAACAGCGCGAUCGGGAGGAAGAUGAAGAGCUACACUACCAUUCGAUCGAUAUUCUAACCCUUAACCAUCAACCCUCAUCCGCUAGUGAACGUUCGGCACCUCCACCACCGCCCCGGCUCAGUUCCGGCCUAACAAUCCCAAACGAACCGUUUGAAAACUUCACCGGCAUCAGCCAUAGUCCUUAUGCCAAGCGUAAAGUUAAACCUCUCCAACAUCUUAACCCGAAUGGUAGCAUCGAGGAGAUUACCGAUUUCGCUGACAGACAGUCGAGUCCGUAUGCCAAACGGCGUGGCCCACUGAUGUCCAGCUUCGGAGAUCCGACGCGAAAGCUGCCUCCGCUACCAGACAGACCACCGCCACCCAUUCCGACGUCAGGAGCGGCCCGUUCGUCCGAGAUCAAUCUAGUUGAAAAUUACUUCCAACCGACGGAUCAGCAGCGCAUCAUCGAUGAGCUGGACGAUUAUGCCGUCAUACCGAUACAGAUUAAUGGUUCCGGUACGGGCAUUGGAGGGGAUAGCGAACCGCAACCAUCUACCUCGGGUAGGACAAAACCUAUCCUGUUAGCGAUAGAAGACGAUGCAAUGCGAAAUGCGAGUGAUUCUAGUGAAACCAGCAGUAUAGAAAUUAUUGCACCAUUGGUGCUGAAGAAAUAGAGCGAUGCCAUUUUCCGAAUAUGGGAAAGCGGAUAAACUUACUAGUUUAAAACAAGAAAAAGCGAGCCGUUUCUGUUGCUCAUUACGAUAGCAUUUAAGUGAAUGUUUAAUAAAGUUCCUUUGUAUCAAUUAA